CCUACCUGGACUUUCUUCAACCCUCGAGGAAGGAUUGUUUGGUGCCACUGUAUGGCAAUAUCUCUCAGAGCCAUGACUGGGAUGUGGACUUUUCAGCUCUUCCUUCUGUGCCUGGCACCAGCUCUGGUACCAGCUGUAAAAAUCAAUGCCAAAGGACGGGAGGUCAUCUACUUGGCCAAAGGUGAUUCGGUCAAGCUGGGCUGUCCAUAUGAGUUGGAACCGGAAGACAAUGGUCCAAACAGCCUGGACAUUGAAUGGACGCAAAUGAAUUCUGACCCCACAAGCCUCGAUCAUGUGUGCUGUUCUCUGGUUCCUGCCCACCAGAUCCUUAUCUACCAAGACCAGCAAGUUGUCCGUCCCGGAUACCCAUACGUGCAGCAGAGAGCGGGUUCUGCAGUCCAGGAUUCGCGGCGUUUUGGUCACCCUGGCUUACACCAUGCUGUGUUGGUUGGUAAACCAAAUGGCCACCAUCUUGGUUCCGCUGGUUCGGUCGGUGACUGCUGCUUCGGCCUGCAACAGAGAGUGAACUUCGCCAUCCAGGACCCGAGCCAGUAUGACGCCUCCAUCGAUCUGAAGAAUGUGCAGGUGUCCGACUCGGCAACGUACGAGUGCAAAGUGAAGAAAACUUCAGUGGCCUCUCGCAAGGUGACGGUCACAGUGCUAGAGAGACCCUCCGUCCCCCAGUGCUCCAUUGCUGGCCGUGUGGGCCUUGGCCGUGACGUCACCCUGCGCUGCUCCUCUCCAACCGGGUCAUCCCCUCUCCAUUACCAAUGGAGUAAAGUUGGCAACUGGAUGCCCCCAUCAGCCACAAAAGGUUCAAACCCUGGCGACCUGCUCAUCCGAAACCUGUCCGAUGACCAUGAGGGCUUGUACCAGUGCAGUGUGACUAACAAAGUCGGAUCAACCCAGUGUGUUCUGGAAAUCUCUCUUGCAGCGGAUGCCGAUCAAGUGGGCCUCAUCGUGGGGUCCGUCUUUGGCUCUCUCCUCUUGCUGCUUCUGCUUCUCAGUCUCAUCGUGGGGCUAGUCUGCUGUUGCAAGCGGAAGCGGACCAAAGACCGGUGCAAUGAGAUCAGAGUUGACACAGCCCCACCGCGGACAAAAUGUGCCAGCAGAACCAACAGCCUGCGAUCUGUCCUGGGCUACAUACCCCACUCUCUCAGCUUCUCCCAGCAGCGUAAAUACGACUCGCCGACGGAGCAGGGGCGCGUCGAAAUGAUCAGGCCAACGAAGGAGGCAGACACCAGCUGUGCUGUGGACUCCAGAGAAGACCAAGAUGGCGGCUGUUCGUCUGUGGUUACCACCAAGGCCAGAGUUCACUAUGCAGACUCUGUUCCUUCCUAUUCACAAGUAAAAGGCGGAGCCUCUUCCACACAAUUGUCCACAGGUACAAACUCUGGAAACCACAAAUCCACUUCUGAUGAGGAUCUGAGCAAUGGGAAGCGAAGCCAUCCUGGAAAGUAUGGAGGCGUUCCAGUGAUGGUUCCAGCCCUCAGCAGAGAAGACCUUGUAAUAUAA